AUGGUGACCACAAGGAACACGAACGCGGAGGAUCAAUCGGAGAUGUUGAGGCUGAUGGAGCAGAGAAUGAUGGAGAUGCAGCGAAAGCAUGAAGAAGAGAUGGCUGCGGUGAGGGCCGAAUGUUUGGCCCAGAUCGCUAGGAGUAAGAGAGGAGACGGAGGUGAGCAGGGUGAGGGAGCCGGUGAGAAGCGGACGCCACUUGAGGGGGAGAAUAGUAGCGCCCACGCCGAGGGAAGAGAGGAGCGGGAAAACAAAGAUAGUCAAUCAUUAGUUAAGGUGGAGGAGUCGAGUGCAAUGGUGCCGUUCGUGCGAGAAAUAAUGGAAGUCCACAUAUCGGAGCAAUUUGUACCGCCACAAUUCAAGAUGUACGACGGAACGUCUGACCCGAACGCCCACAUUAAAUCAUUCAUCAAUGCCAUGACCUUCCGAACCGGAUGCGAUGCCAUUUGGUGCAGAGCGUUAUCUCUGUCUCUGGAAGGAGAAGCUUUGGAAUGGUUUAACUCACUGCCGGUUAAUUCUAUUGAAAAUUUCAAGAGUUUAGGAGAAAUGUUCAAGAGGCAGUUCGCCGCAAGUAGUAUGGAGGAUGUGACGGUUGUAGACUUGAUGAACUUGAAGCAGGGUAAGGAAGAGUCUCUCAAGUCCUUUAUGGACCGGUAUCAGAAAACAGUCCGCAGAGUUAAGGGCCUAAGUUUAGAAUUAGCCCUACAGUACGUGAUGCCGGCAUUGAGACCAGGCCCUUUCAAAGACAGCGUGUGCCGGAAUCCCCCCAUUACCAUGGAGGAGUUAAGGAAACGGGCGGCCGACGAAGCUCGGGUGGAGAAUAUGAAACAAAACUAUAGGCGAGAACAGCAAGAAGCUAAGGCGGAGAAGGGGGACAAUCGGAGAGCUGAAGGUCAAGGAAGUAAACCGAACGUACCCAGACUCAGAGAAGGGCCGAGGGGCCCCAGAUUCCCACAUUACACUCCUCUCAAUGCCCCCAGAGCUCGGAUAUUGCAGGAGGCUUUAAACACCCAAAUCCUGCCGGCACCUCAAAAGCGACCCACACCACAGGGGGCAGAUAUGAGUAAGCGAUGCCUGUAUCACCAAAAUUCCGGACACGAUACAGAAGAUUGCGUGACGUUGAAGGAUAAGAUUGAGGAGCUCAUCCGAAUGGGACGACUUCAACAGUACGUUAGGAGGGAGGAGGUCCGCCGAACGGAGGAACCGUCUAGAAGAGGACACUCUUACCCAAGACCGGCUAGUCCGACCCGAAGCAGCAGGAGGGAAGCGAAUUACCGGGCAUAUGAUCGUCCGUCUAGAGAUCAGGGGAGAAGGACGGACGGAAGGCAGAGGAGUCGCAGUAGGGACGCUUCGAGGGGACCCUUAAGAGGAACGAUAAACACCAUCUCUGGAGGAUUCGCGGGAGGAGGGUCCACUUCGUCUGCCAGAAAGAGGAGUAUCAGGGCGCUGAGGUCCAUACACGCGGUUGACGUCCGAAAAAGGUCAAUGCCGCCCAUCACCUUCUCGGACGAAGAUUUUCACGCCCCCGAUCCUGACCAGGACGACCCAAUGGUUAUCAACGUUGAGAUCGCCCGGUACGGAGUAAAUAGGGUGUUGGUGGACCAGGGAAGCUCCGUUAACAUNCUNUAUUGGAGAACGUUCCUUCAGAUGGACGUGUCUGAGGACCUUAUCGUCCCCUACGACGAGCAGAUUGUAGGAUUUGCCGGGGAACGGGUGGACACGAAGGGCUAUAUCGACCUCAACACCCGCCUGGGUACCGGGCGGGAGAGCGAGGAGAUGAAAGUGAGGUUCAUACUGGUAGAUGCCACAACCGCUUAUAAUGUCCUGUUAGGACGGCCGUGUCUUAACGCAUUCGGGGCGAUCGUUUCCACCCCCCACUUAACGAUGAAGUAUCCAACUAGACGAGGAACCAUUUGUACGGUAAGAGCCAACCAGAAGACAGCCCGCGAAUGUUAUGCAGCCGGUCUUCGUAUGUACCCGAAGGAAGAGAAGCGAAAAAUAAGUCGGUCCGAGGUCGCUUUGGCUGACCUCGAUCCGCGAACUAAUACUGACGAUCGGCUGGAACCGGUGGGGGAAACCCAACCCAUAUUGAUAGGAGCUAAGGCCAACCAAACCACCACUAUAGCAAGAGGGUUGCCUGAGGCUAUCGAAAAGGAGCUACGGAAUAUGCUAUGGAAAAACCGAGACCUGUUCGCAUGGACGGCAGCAGAUAUGCCAGGGAUACAUCCGUCAGUAAUGUCCCACAAGUUAUCGUUGUACAAGGAUGCCCGUCCGGUCUCCCAGAAGAAGCGAAAGAUGGGAGACGAGAAGAGAAGGGCGGUGGAGGAAGAAGUGAGAAAACUAAAGGAGGCGGGGUUCGUCAAGGAAGUGACGUACACGACAUGGCUAGCUAAUGUGGUCAUGGUCAAAAAGGCGAACGGAAAGUGGCGGAUGUGCACGGAUUACACAGACCUGAAUAAGGCGUGCCCUAAGGACUCUUACCCUCUGCCGAGCAUAGAUAAUCUUGUGGACGGCGCGUCCGGACAUAAGAUACUCAGCUUCUUAGACGCAUACUCCGGAUACAAUCAAAUCCCGAUGCAUCGUCCCGACCGGGAAAAGACAGCCUUCAUGUCAGAUCGAGCGAACUAUUGUUACGAGGUAAUGCCGUUCGGACUAAAGAACGCAGGCGCCACUUACCAGAGACUGAUGGACAGAGUCUUCGCCAAACAGAUUGGGCGAUGCAUGGAUGUGUACAUCGACGACAUGGUGGUACGGUCGCCUGAUGAACAAAGUCACCUGCGUGACCUAGAAGAAGUCUUCGGCGAAGUCUGA